GGGGCGUGGCUAGGUGAGGAAGAGCGUUGGAGGGGCGCCGGCGGCGCCAGGGGUGCUGACCCGAGCGGCGCCGCUGAGCCCCCCCCCCCCCGCGCCCAUGGCCCACAGCGCCAAGCAGCCGCCCGCCGCGAUGCUGCAUGCCACGGGCAAAGCUCAGCAUGGAAACUUCCUGGUGGCCAUCAAGCAGGAGAAGGGGGAGUCGGCGCGGACGAGUGGCGAGAAGCCGCACGGUGAGGAGGAGCCGGUGAAGAAGAGGGGCUGGCCUAAGGGCAAGAAGAGGAAGAAGAUCCUUCCCAACGGCCCCAAAGCCCCUGUGACGGGCUACGUGCGUUUCCUGAACGAGCGACGCGAGCAGAUCCGCACGCAGCAUCCAGACCUGCCCUUCCCGGAGAUCACCAAGAUGCUGGGGGCUGAGUGGAGCAAGCUGCAGCUUUCGGAGAAGCAGCGGUACCUGGAUGAAGCGGAGCGGGAGAAGCAGCAGUACAUGAAGGAGCUGCGGGAAUACCAGCAGUCGGAGGCCUACAAGAUGUGCACGGAGAAGAUCCAGGAGAAAAAGAUCAAAAAAGAGGACGCGGGCUCUGCGGCAGUGAACACCCUGCUGAACGGGCACCCGCACAAGGCUGGCGAGUGCAGCGACACCUUCUCCACCUUCGACGUGCCCAUCUUCACGGAGGAGUUCCUGGACCAAAACAAAGCCCGGGAGGCCGAGCUGCGGCGCCUGCGGAAGAUGAACACGGAGUUUGAGGAGCAGAACGCCAUCCUGCAGAAGCACACGGAGAGCAUGAACUGUGCCAAGGAGAAGCUGGAGCAGGAGCUGGCCCAGGAGGAGAGGCAGACCCUGGCCUUGCAGCAGCAGCUCCAGUCUGUGCGGCAGGCCCUCACUGCCAGCUUCGCCUCCCUCCCCAUCCCCGGCACUGGGGAAACCCCCACACUGAGCACUCUGGACUUCUACAUGGCCAAACUGCACAGCGCCAUUGAGAGCAACCCCCUGCAGCAUGAGAAACUGGUGGUGCGCAUCAAGGAGAUCCUGUCCCGGAUAGCCAGCGAACACUUGUGAAGAGGACCGGUCCCUCCCGCAGCCCGGGGCUGGCCGGACCACGGCGCUGUCCCUUGGAGCUCACGCAAGGGACAGUCUCUGCUGGUGGUCCGGCUGCUUCCCCCUCCACCCCACGCGCCUCGCUGGAGAAGUGAGCUGGGCCCCCCCCAGCCCCGGUGCGGCUGGGCCCCGUGGCUGCAACUGUCUCUGAGGACCUUGAGCUUUUGGGGACCAAAUGGUGGCAGGGCUGAGCCCCCAGCAGGCGCAGUGCUGGGUGAGGUGGGUGGCGUGAGCAUCCCCCCCGCUCUCCUGUGAGCUCCCCAGCUCCUGCAGCUCUGCCUUGCUAAACCAAAGGCUGUCCAGGAGGGAUUACUGGCCUGGAGUGAAGCGGCCUCUUCCAGGGUGAUGUGGGGGCUGCUGUUAACUGGGCUGUGAUGGCAGGGGGGCAACUGGGAGCCCCUGGGGCUCAGUGCUGCCUCCUGGUCCCUAGAUCCCCCCGGGGAGCCUCUUGGUCCCCUGUCCUGCAGCGGGUGAGGUGGCAGGCUUCCUUCCACCCACCUCUUGGUUUAUUUAAUCUUCCUGCUUCCCCUUGUUGCUCCCCGAUGGGUGCCUCUAGCCCUCUGCCUAUGUCACCCUGCCUGUCACCUCUCCUUCCCCCAUACCUCUGGGACCAGGCAGUGUGAAGGUUAAAAAAAAAAAAAAAAAAUCUUCAUGCUGGAGGUGGAGCCGGGCCUGACCCCUUCUUCCCCAGGGCAGGGGGCCUGGGGGGCAGUGCACGGGUGUUCAGCUCCUGCCUCCCUGCCCGAGCCCGUCCUGCGUCGUGGGACCACCGUGCCAGCAGCCGUGUCCUGGCUGGGCUGCGCCGUGCUGGGGGCAGCCGUCCCCGGGGCUGCCUGUCACUAAUCUCAGACUGUGUAAUUAGAGAGUGUCUUAUUUUCUUACUAGCACUAUGUUGAUCUGGCCCCGGGUUUUAACCCAGGGCUGGUGUGUGACCGCUCGUCUCUCGCCUGUGAGGUCCGUGCUCUGUAGAUGAGGCUCCUGGUUGCCAUCUCCUGGUGGCCGCUUGGCUUGGGAUGGAGAUGGGAGCAAAUAAAUGUGGGAGAAACAACCA